AUGGGGCCUUCACAGCCUUCCGGCAGCAUGUCACCGCCACCCAGCUCCCACCCUCAGGGCCCCACCUCCCCACCUGCAUCAACGGCCGCCUCCUCGACUCCUUUUGUGCGCUCACAUCACGACGAACUGCCGGAACCUCUCUCCGAGAAUCAAUCCGUGGCGUCAGAGCUCCUUCGAGGGCGCAGCGAGCAGCCGCGUUCCACUCUCGACAGCAUCAACAACUCAACUAGCAUGUCGCGCGCUGCCAGCUCAUCUUCAGCCUCUGGCGAGGGGGAGAUCGCUAUUGCUCUCAAGUGUCCCUCGCUCGACAAAGACUCGGCCGUCGUCAGAGUCAGGUCAUCCGACACCGUUCUUGUUCUCAAGCAAACCAUUGAGGCCACAUGGCCGGGUGCUCCCCGCGCCGAGGGCAUGCGCUGUAUUCGAUCUGGUCGCAUCCUGAGCGACAACGAAGUCUUCAGCCAGCUCACCGAGAUGAAUCGACCCACACCGUCACGUCGCAGCUCCUAUCUGCGACAGCAACAGCAGCAGCAACAGCUGCAGCAGAGCCAAGUCCACAACAGCCUCCCGCGCUCUGCCUUGUCAACUCAAAUCAUCCUACCGGAAAAUGCCACUGCCGAUGACGUGCCACCGAGGUUCGGCUCCACGUCGACGCAGCUCCCUUCCAGCUACCAACCCGCCUUUGGACCGUACUUUUCCGAGCCUAGUUCUACAGCAGCACGCUCUACUCCCGGCGUAUCAGCAAAGGAUGACGACGCAGUUAUGUCGGGCAGCAUCAUCAACGCGGGCAUGAACCGUUCAAGGACAGCUCAGGAUGGCGAUGACGCUUACUCCGUGCUCGAGGACGUUCUCAAAGUCACCGCUCCUGAUAACUGGCCCUUGCUCGUCGAAGCACUCAAGGCAGCUUACGAUGAAUAUGUGCUGAUCUACGAGCGCAUCUACAACGAGGCGCUUGUAGCGCAGAAGCGCGGCGAGACUGCUUCUCCGACACCUAUCGAUUCAUCAUCGACACAGAGCGAUCUCUUGACCAGCGUUGAAACGACCUUGCUCGGCUGGGAUCCGAUUCAGGUUCCGGGCGACGAUCAUGCCAACGCCACCUCUACUGCUUCAACAAGCUCCGGAAACGAAACUCGACAUCUGUAUCAGCAGGUGUCUCAUCGCGGUCUGCCGUAUCUCUUGCGCAUCUCCACCACACCCUUGGCCGUACAGCGCAGCGAGGCGCUCUGCGCACUUUUGCAGCGCAUCACAACCCUCGGCAGCAUGAUCGAGAAGCUCGAAAAUGUCAUCAUGCUUGGCCGCCUCAUCCCAGUCCAGCAUCCAGCCUUUUCAGGUGUUCAUGGCGGCGAGUCCGCUUCGGGACCUCUGAAUGGAGCUGCAUCGACGGCACGGGAUAUGGCGCUCGAACGAGUUGGGAUCGUAGCUGGGGCGACUCGCAUCGCACAGCGCAUGGUCGAGGCUUGUCGAGGUAUUACGUUUACCGAUGUGACGGCUGUGAUUGUGCCGAUGGCUUUUGUUGGAUUCAAGGUGGGCAUCUUGCUUUCGAUUAUGCUGCAGGACGCGGACAAGUUGAAGAAGUACUUUUUGUUGGGUAUGGCUUCGGUGUACGUUGUAUUCGAGAGCUAUAGGAUCGUGCAGCGUCGGAUGCGCGUGCGUCAGCGCAUGGCGCCACGGGUUCCGGUUCCGGUUCCACCGCCGCCACCGCCACCCGCGCACCAGCAGGAGGAUGACCGGGCUGCUGAAGGCGAUGCUGGGCAAGCUGCUGCUGCUACUUCUCCGACAGCACCGAUGGGAGCCAACGUCCCGACGGCUCCAUUGCACGAAGAGCAGGUCGAACGCCAAGCUACACAAGACCCGCUUCGACCUCUGCCGCCACCGCAGGCGCCGGCGCGCAUCGCCUCGCGCCCCGCCUUUUCGCUCGACUGGUGCAUCGAUCAGAUGGCCUUCGUCGGCCUGGAUGCGGAGGACGCCGAGUUGGGCCUGCUCCCCGCGCUCGGUACCUCCUCUUCCUCUUCCUCUGCGCCCAAUUCGGCGAGUCGCAGCUGGGUGCACCGUAUCCUGGGCUCGGAAUGGGUGCUUCCGCUGCUACUGUUCUGCUUCACCAUGAUGCCUGCGGUGGAACAGCGGCGCAAGCGAGCGAUCGAGGAGCGCGAACGCGUGAUCCGCAAGUGGACGCGCUUGGAGCAGGAGCGUCGGGAACGGGUGCAGGAGAUGCUUCGGGCGCAGGAGGAGGAGAAGCGGGAGCUUGCCGAGCAGCAGCAGCAGCAGCAAGGUUCGGAUGAGCAGAGCGGCUCCGCUUCGGUCCCCGCACCCACUGCGUCUGUGCCGCUAGCGGGGCUGCCUGCAGGAGAGGACCUGGGGCUGCAGCAGAAGCGCGCCGAGUACGCCGAUCGGAUGCUCCGUCAGCGCAGGAACACCGAGGCAGUCGACAUGGACGACGACGACGACGGCGAGGUGGCGGCCAGACGCCUGGCGAGGCAGAUGCAGGACGACGAGGAGGAGGCCGAGAUGGACGAUCUGAACAUUUUCUAG